GCCCAGGGACGCUCCCGGCCGGUCCCCCGCAGGUACACGGCGCUGAGCGGCCACGCCCCGUUCGAGGCUCGCCACCGUUCGGAGCUCUACCGGCGCAUCCGGAGCGGCCGGUACCCGCUGCCCCCCGGGCUGUCGCCCCCUGCCCGCGCCCUCAUCGCCCACAUGCUGCACCCCGAGCCCGCGGCACGGCCCGGCCCGGCGGGGCUGCUGUGCCACCCCUUCCUCACCCAGGGUUUCACACCCCACACGCUGCCACCCCGCGCCUGCCACUCCGUGCCCGUCUUCGUGGGACAGGAGCGGCUGUGCUGGAUGCUGCGGGGGUGUGGCUGUGUCACUGUCACCCCUGCGGGUGGCAGUGCCCCUCCCCAAAGGACCCGAGCCCGAAGAUCCGCGGAGGAAAACCUUUAUUAGUGUCGGGAACCGUCUAAAAUCCAGUCAUGGAAACAAGCGGGGUGGGACGUGACCAGUACGAACGGCACACAC